CACACACACACACACACACUCACUCUCUCUCUCUCUCUCUCUCUCUCUCUGCAAAAAGAAUUGAUGAAAAUGCUGGCUACCCAAUUUAGAGGUGGUGCACCUUCUACUGGAUUUAGGACUAGAACCAGUGAUUUCAAUUCCGUUACUGAGAGAGACAGGGUGUCCAGUUCAUUGUGCCAAACCGAAGCUCGUAAGUUUGUGGCACUAAGUAAUGAAAAGGAUUUGAGCAAUGCAAAUGCUGUGGGGGGCUGCAAUCUUUCGUCUACCCAUAGAUCACUGUACUCGCGGCUAGUUACUCAUCGCAGAAGGACCCGUUUUCCGGUGGUGGCUAGUGAAUUGAGUUCAGAUUAUGGUGUCAGCUGCUCUGAGGUUGAGGAAAAGGUGAUUCUUGAGGAAGUGAUUGCUCCCCUAACUGUUGCUUGUGAUGAACCUGAGUUGAGUGACAUUCCUGUCCCAGAAGCAUAUUCUCCAAAUGUGAAACGUGAGCUGCUGAUGCUUUCCUUACCUGCAAUUGUGGGUCAGGCAAUUGAUCCCAUAGCAAUGCUGAUGGAAACUGCUUAUAUUGGUAGAUUGGGCUCUGUGGAGUUGGCUUCAGCUGGUGUUUCAAUGAACAUCUUUAAUUAUAUUUCAAAGCUUUUUAAUAUUCCUCUCCUCAGUGUUGCUACAUCUUUUGUGGCUGAAGACAUUGCAAAGUCUGCAAGCAAAGCUUCCAGUAUAGAAAAUGGUUACGAAGGAAAUACUAAUGGAAAAUCUGUACCUACCGAGAGAAAGCAAUUAUCUUCAGUGUCAACUGCCUUGCUUUUAGCACUUGGCAUUGGCUUGUUUGAGGCUGUAGCCUUGUCUUUGGGAUCUGGAUUGUUUCUGAAUAUGAUGGGGAUAUCAUCGAACUCUCCUAUGCACAUUCCGGCAAAGAGGUUUCUCAUAAUAAGAGCGUUUGGUGCUCCUGCAGUUGUAGCAUCUUUGGCUCUUCAAGGAGUUUUCCGUGGUUUUAAGGAUACAAAAACUCCAGUAUUAUGUCUAGGUAUCGGUAAUCUUUUUGCCGCGUUCUUGUUACCAACCCUUAUAUAUUACUUUCGUUUGGGUGUAACUGGUGCAGCCAUGUCUACUGUUAUAUCUCAAUACACUGUUACAUUUUUAAUGAUCUGGUUUUUAAAUAAGAAAGCAGUUCUACUGCCUCCAAAGAUGGGAUCAUUGCAAUUUGGUGGAUACAUAAAAUCUGGUGGUUUUCUUUUGGGAAGAACUCUUGCUGUUCUCACGACCAUGACAUUGGGAACAUCGAUGGCUGCUCGUCAAGGUCCAGUGGCCAUGGCUGCUCAUCAGAUAUGUAUACAAGUAUGGUUGGCUGUAUCCCUUCUAACUGAUGCGCUCGCUACAUCUGGUCAGGCCCUGAUUGCAAGUUAUUCAUCCAAAGGUGAAUACAAAGUUGUUAAAGAGGUUACUGACUUCAUGCUGAAGAUAGGAUUGUUCAUAGGUGUUUCAUUGGCUGUAAUUUUGGGAACAUCUUUUGGUUCUAUAUCAACCUUGUUCACCAAAGAUGCUGCAGUAUUAGAGAUUCUUAGAUCUGGGGUAUUGUUUGUCAGUGCUAGUCAACCUUUGACUUCUCUAGCUUAUGUUUUCGAUGGUCUCCAUUAUGGUGUUUCAGAUUUUGCAUAUGCAGCUCGUGCCAUGAUGGUCGUGGGUGCAAUAUCAUCCGGAUUUCUGCUAUAUGCUCCUUCUGUUAUGGGUCUUUCUGGGGUUUGGUUGGGUUUGACUCUCUUCAUGGGCUUGCGUGCUGCGGCUGGAUUUGUCAGAUUACUUUCAAAAUCAGGUCCAUGGUGGUUCCUGCACAGGGACACCGAGACAUCUCAGGUUAGUGGACAUUCAUAAUAUUUGUGUGUUUUAGGCGAG